AUGGAGAAGCCUGCAGGCAGGAAAAAGAAGACACAGACCCUGAGGGAGGAAGGAGAUACACAGAAAAACACUCAAAAAGAGACAGCGUCUGGGGACAAAAGGCCAAUCAAGAGAUCCACUAUGGCUCAAAAGCACAGUCAGGAGCCAAACCUGAGUCCUGAAGAUGAAGAACACAUCUUUGAUGCCUUCGAUGCCUCAUUUAAAGAUGACUUUGAGGGGGUUCCUGUGUUCAUUCCUUUUCAGAGGAAGAAACCCUAUGAAUGCAGUGAAUGUGGACGGAUCUUCAAACACAAGACAGAUCACAUUCGCCAUCAGAGAGUUCACACUGGAGAGAAGCCCUUUAAGUGUGAUCAGUGUGGGAAGACCUUCCGGCACAGCUCAGAUGUCACUAAACAUCAGAGGAUUCACACUGGAGAGAAGCCUUUUAAAUGCGGGGAAUGCGGGAAAGCCUUUAACUGUGGCUCCAAUCUCCUGAAACACCAGAAGACACACACUGGAGAGAAGCCAUAUGAAUGUAAAGAAUGUGGGAAAACCUUCGCUUACAGCUCGUGUCUCAUCCGACAUCGGAAGCGGCACCCUCGGAAAAAGCCCUGA